AUGAUUUUGAUCCGUAAUUUUAACAACAAGAAAAAUCUAAGCGAAUUAAUUGAUUUUGGAAAUCAUCUCCUUUAUAAAGCUGAAUAAAAUCUAAAUUUAAUAAGAUGCUUAAAGAAUAAAAAAUUCAAUAUUGAAUGGUUACUAAAACUAAGUGAUGCCAGAUAAAUUUUUACAGUCAGUGAUAAUUCUAAAUAUAUAGCAACAUGGAAUUAAGAUACGAAAGAAUUCUUUUUAGAAAACAAAAGGACAGAGAACAAAUAAAACAAAUAUCAAAAUUUAAAAAUUACAUCAAUUUCUGUUAUGUUAUAAAUUCAAUUUUCUUUAUUCAAAGACAUUAAAGGUUUACAAAAAAAAUAUUUUCUAAAGAUUUUGUUUGAAAAAUAUAACUCCUUCAACGCUAUAAUGUAGUUUAUGAAGAUUAAAUUAAUGCUUUAAUAACGUUAAUAUUUAAAAGAAUGUUUAAUUUAUAAACCAUCAAAAUAGAUUAUAUGUUUUUUAUAAAUUAGUGAAUUUGCUAAUUUUGUAAUAUUUUAGUAAGUAAACUAAUUUUUGUUUGACAUUAUUCCUAGAUUAAGAGGAGCAGGAUAUGGUACAGCAAAAAUUCCUUUAGAUAAAGUUGAAAACUCAAUAUAUCAAUUAGUUAAAGGGCUUAAAUAUAAAAUAGUUUAUCAGUAAAUCAAAUUUCGAAAUUUUAACAUUAAUAAAUGA